AUGUUCCUCGUGCAAGUGCGCCUAAACGUACAUGACAUACUAGUAGCAAGCUGGCGUACAAAUCUAACGACGCUUGCCUCAAUAGCGGAUAAGUUAAUGGAGAUCCAGGCGCCACACAUGGCGGUGAAUACCCAUGGCAACAUAGCGACUCCCGCGGAUACAAAACCGGAAAGGCCACCAGAAGUGCCAUGGAUGGACGCGUGCCAGUUCCUGUCGCUCCAGGUCGCGAAACUCACACAAAAACUGGAAGCGAUGGAUGUAAGAGAAACACGGAGGGAGCAACCGAGGUGGAGAAGCCGUUCGAGGGCUCGCUCCAGUUCGAUAGGACGGAAUACGGGCUACUGCUACUACCACCAACGUUUUGGAGCACAUACAGAUGCACGAUCCCGUGUGCAUGGAGGCGAAACCCUGGUGAAAACAACAUCUCAGCAUCGCCGGCGGAAAAUUAAUUGUAUGCUCCACAGCCCUGAGGACAGCUCGACAAAAGGAAAUGUCGCCCCUUCUAAUUUUAGUAUCUACGCAGCAGACGGCACACCGAUUCCGACCUUCGGCGAAACAACGCUCUGGACCUCCGGACUGCGACGACCAUUUACCUGGGAGUUUACCGUCGCGAAGGUCCAACAACCGAUAAUUGGCGCCGAUUUCCUUCAACAUCACGGUCUUCUGGUGGAUCUGAAGAACAAGAGGAUUAUAGACGACUGCACGAAUAUAUACAGAGUAGGAGAAAUAAGCACGACCAGUAAGCACCCAAUAAUCAAUCACGACAAUAGGAAACAGAGAACGCGACAAAUACAACACAUUGCUGAAACAAUACAUCGACGUGACUAG